UUUCAAUGAUAAAGACACUCUUUCAAAUACUUGUUGUUAAUUUUGGUUUAUUUUUUCAGUCAACUACGGUUGUUUUGACACAACUAUUUUCAUUAUGUAUCUAUCCAUUUUCUUAUGACUAUUAUCGUAUGUUUAUUGGCUAUACGAUGCGUAUGUGGUCUCAAAACUUGGUGGCUAUUGUCCAAUGGUUUGCUCCUGCUGAUAUUGUAUUUACAGUGGAUCCUAGUUGUGGGUCUAUCGUCAAGAAAGACGAACAAGGCCAUACUCGACUCGUAUUACCUCAACGCGCUAUUUUUACAGCUAAUCACCAAGUAAGCAACCGUUGCUAUGGUAUAUCUUCACUCACCCACCCUUUUUAGAUUUAUGCAGAUUGGAUUUAUA